AUGGUUGUUCUGUCUAAACCAUCCUUAAACAAUUUCCUACUCACAAAAUCACCAUGCAAACCAACAACAACAACAACAACAACUAUGUUCAAUGGAAUACCUGUCAUAGACCUUACAGACCCAGAUGCAAAAACACAAAUUGUGAAUGCUUGUAAGGAGUUUGGAUUCUUCAAAGUUGUCAGCCAUGGAGUUUCGUUCGAACUUAUAUCGAAUUUGGAAAACGAAGCACUUAGGUUCUUUAGAAAGUGUCAGUCGGAGAAAGACCGAGCAGGUCCUCCUGACCCUUUCGGUUAUGGAAGUAAGCAAAUUGGAUCAAACGGAGAUGUUGGUUGGGUUGAAUAUAUUCUUCUCAAUACCAAUCCCGAUGUGCUCUCUAACAAGUCACUCACCAUUUUCCGUGAAAAUCGACAGACUUUAAGGAGUGCGGUGGAAGAGUAUAUUGAUGCAAUGAAGAAAAUGUGUUACGAAGUAUUGGAACUAAUGGCUGAUGGAUUGGAGAUAGAGCCAAGGAAUGUGCUAAGCAGAAUAUUGCGAAAUGAGAAAAGUGAUUCUUGUUUGAGAAUGAACCAUUAUCCACCGUGCCCUGAAGUGCAACAAGGAGCAUUAAAUGGAAAGAAUUUAAUAGGGUUUGGGGAGCAUACAGACCCACAAGUGAUUUCUGUCUUGAGAUCUAAUAACAUUUCUGGUCUGCAAAUCUGUCUUAAUGAUGGAACAUGGGUUUCUGUUCCACCUGAUCAUACUUCCUUUUUCAUCAAUGUUGGUGACACUCUCCAGGUAUUGACUAAUGGUAGGUUCAAAAGUGUAAAACAUAGGGUUUUAUCUGACACAACAAAGUCAAGGUUGUCGAUGAUAUACUUUGGAGGACCAGCCUUAAGUGAAAAGAUAGUGCCUAUAGCAUCACUAUUGUUAAAGAAAGAAGAAAGUUUGUACAAAGAGUUCACGUGGUGUGAGUACAAGAAAGCUAUGUAUAAUUCAAAGCUGGCUGAUUAUAGACUUGGGCCUUUUGAAAAAACUUAUGGCAAUUAA